GUCUAAAGUGAAGCUCUGUUGGAUGAGAUAUGAAAUAAAUACCUACCUAGGUACGUAAGUAUAAUAAAUUACGUCAUCGUUUGUGAAGAUGCGGAGUUACCCAAUUGGGUGAGGGGCUUGCUGGUGUAUAUGCCACCAUCUUCAUGGCCUAUACACAUGUGCGCAGGUGACGUCGCAGUACGACCUCCGGAAUAAGAAGGCCCGACUUAGGAGCUAUUGGACCGGUUGAAACUUGGCAACGAUCUAGAUGAAGCGGGGUGGGGAUUUUCUUGCGUGUCGAUUUAGGUCGAUUUGGUAUUUAAAGACUAGUUCGUGCUAUUGAAGAAGCGUAAAUAAAGGCCUCCUCUCUUAACUGUCCUCAAAUUUGAGAAAGAGCCUUACUCUGCCGGUAUCUAUCUCCUCGGCACCCCUCAAUUUCAAGUCAGGUCGAAAUCAUGGACCCUGUAGGAAUAGCAAUUGUUGGCGGGGGUAUUUUUGUCAAGGAGCAGCAUAUACCCGCUGCUCUGGCUUCUCCCCUGCUUUCGAUUAAGGCGAUCUGGUCUCGAUCUCGCAAAACCGCGGAAGAAGCCGCGAAGCUAGUCCCCAGCGACGCUGCUUCUUCAGUGGACCUGUACUCAUCAGAUUCCGGAGAAGGCAAGUCUUACGAAGAUAUCCUCAAGCGCGAGGAUAUAACUGGAGUAGUACUAGCCUUGCCAAUCAUAGACCAGCCAGAUUAUAUCAAAAAGGCAUUGGCGGCAGGUAAACAUGUCCUCGCGGAGAAACCAAUCGCCAAGGAUAUAGCUACUGCUAUUGAACUCAUCGAAUACUAUAUGCGGACCUCCGCCGAGACCAACGCUUCCUUGGCUAUCGCUGAGAACUUCCGCUUCUAUCCGAAAUGGAACUACGCGGCCGAGGAGAUCAAGAAACUUGGCAAAGUGACGGGGUUUGUCAUCAACGUAGUUUCUAUGAUGGAGACGAGUAAUCGUUACUACAACACACCUUGGCGCACAACGCCCCAGUACCAGGGUGGAUUUCUUCUUGAUGGAGGUGUCCACUUUACAGCCGCUUUCAGGAGACUUUUAGGUGAAAAUGCCGUCGAGAGUUUAGUAGCGCAGACUGCGCUGGUAUCGAGCCAUUUGCCUCCUGUAGAUUCCAUCUACGCGGUCUUGAAGACGAAGUCUGGUGCAGUGGGGUCCUUCAUACAUUCCGUGGGGACGACGAUGUCGGCGACAGAAUUUUAUUUCGCUUGCGAGAAAGGUUCCGUCAAGGCCGAUCGAGACAAGGUAGUCACAACUGUCGGGUUUGGGAAUGAUGCUGUGACGGAGGAGAAGACAUUCGAAUAUACUAGUGGAGUCAAGGAAGAAGUUCACGCUUGGGGGGAGUCGAUCUUAUCCGGAAUAGCUAACCCGGACCAAACCCCUGGGUUGGCGCUUGGAGAUCUGGAGUUGAUAGAGGCGAUGCUAAAGAGUGGCGAGCAGGAUGGGGCGCGCCAGAAGCUGGAGCAUCAACAGUUGGUAUAGUGCCC